AUGUUUUACUUCCACUGUCCGCCACAGCUAGACGGUACUGCACCCUUUGGCAAUCACUCUCCAGGAGACUUCGACGAUGGCUUUCUGCGCAGGAAGCAGCGCCGGAACCGGACCACAUUUACUCUACAGCAGCUGGAAGCUCUUGAGGCAGUUUUUGCUCAAACACACUACCCCGAUGUCUUCACCAGAGAAGAGCUAGCCAUGAAAAUAAACCUCACAGAAGCCAGAGUGCAGGUUUGGUUCCAGAACCGACGGGCCAAAUGGAGGAAAACAGAGAGAGGGGCUUCUGACCAAGAGCCAGGAGCCAAGGAGCCCAUGGCAGAGGUGACGCCACCACCUGUGAGAAACAUCAAUUCCCCACCCCCGGGGGACCAGGCCCGGAGCAAGAAGGAGGCCCUGGAAGCCCAGCAGAGCCUGGGGAGAACUGUGGGUCCGACGGGACCUUUCUUUCCUUCUUGCUUGCCGGGGACCCUCCUGAAUACAGCCACAUAUGCCCAGGCCCUGUCACAUGUUGCUUCCCUGAAAGGGGGCCCUCUGUGCUCUUGCUGUGUCCCGGACCCCAUGGGGCUGUCGUUCCUUCCCACCUACGGCUGCCAGAGCAACCGCACAGCCAGCGUGGCUGCCCUGCGCAUGAAGGCUCGGGAGCAUUCGGAGGCCGUCCUGCAGUCGGCCAACCUCCUGCCCUCUGCCAGCAGCAGCCCCAACCCCACGGCCAAGCCGGCGCCCCCUGAUGGAAGCCAGGACAAGAAUCCUUCUGCCAAGGAACAGAGUGUGGGGGAGAAGAGCGUAUGAGGGUCCUCAGUGAGCGUCCAGGCCCGAGGCGCCCUCCCCUUUCCCCUGCUUCUCCCAGCCUCAGCCCCUGUGGAAGACUCUCCUAAAAGCAAAGGGAAGCCUGCAGCCCAGGGUCUCUCUUGGACUCUGGAAAAGAGGUAGACCCACAGCUCUCCUGGCAUCCGGAGAGUGCCUCUGGAGUCCUACCGGUGGGGCCGUGUUGUCCUGGCUUCUUUGUUGACAAGUCCAGAUGAAACUCAUGGGCACCAGAGCCCACUGUGUGGUGAGACCCCUGGGGUUUUCACCUGGUCCCAGAAGUCUUGGAGGGAAGAAGAGUUGCUCACCCCCUCACCUUUCUGUCCCUUUCCUGGGCUGCUUUUGUAGGUCUUACCAACCCAAAGAACUGGUGUGGGUCAUCCUUGAGAGAUGCUCAGGGCUGAAUCUUGUGCUUUGAAUGAAGUAGGACUAUGCCCGUUACAUUAAGAGCCAGGAAACUGGUGUAAUCCCAACUAAGUUUUACUGCCCUCCGCUAAGACUAGCAGCAAUGCUCCCUCCCCUUUCUCUUGUUGGAAGACAUUGGUUGUAGGCUGGGUUAGAUUAGAUGGUGAGAAGAUGUAGGGUGAGGAGGGGCUGGCACAGCCUGUCCCAGGCACUUCUGGCCAGGGAGGCUGGGCUAAUCAGACAGGCCACCAGCUCCACCAACUGGGACCACCAUCAUGACUGCAGGCGCGAGUGAGUGUGGACUCCCACCAUGAAGUGCCCGCCUACAAGCCCCGCCUCUCUGGACCACACCUCUAGCUUGGUGGGAGGUUGACCGGUGGAAAGCAGUGCUCUGAUCUAGAGAAUGCUGAGAGUGCUCAGAGAGAGAAAUCUUCCACGAACGUCUCUGACAUAAGGACACAUCUGGAUGAACUACCUUUCCUCAGGUCCCUGGCACGUGGAGGGGCCUCUCCAGUGGUAUUAUUUAUUGAUUUUUUUUUUUUUUUUUACAGAAGGAGAAAGAAAAGUAGGAAGCAAGAGGAGAAUGGUGUAUAUGGAGAAAUGGAGUAUGGGGAAGAGGGCUUCCUUGUGGUGUGAAGAGAAUUCAUUCCAAAGGGCCAAAUUUCAUAGAGAUUUCAGUUUCGAUCUACUGGGUGUGUUUUCUCUCAUGUCGAUAGUAAACUUGAAGAGAUCCAAGGGAAAAUGUGCAAUAGCAUGAGCUCUGUCACUCUCUGGCAGGGGUUUCUGGUUGCAGUUUCGGAUGGCUUACUGAUGGCGUUUCCAUGCAAACCGUUAUUGCUUUUAUGACACUUAUUUUCCCCUAAGUUAUAAUCAAAAUGUUCUACCUUCAGAUCACCCUGCUCCCCUUAUAACCCCCCAUCCAGAAGUCCCCCACUGAUACUCCCGAGUGUAUCGUGCUUCGUCUCUGAUGACCGCCAAGCAUUUGAUAAAAUACACUGUCUCCUUAAAAAGAAAAAAAAUCAAAUCCUUCUUCCUGCUGUAUUUUGCUUGUUGAGUACAAAGAUGAAACGAUUUGCCAAAAAGCAGCAGAGUCGCUUCCGUUUCCCUGUAAUUACGAAUGUUGGGUUGAACGAUGUAAGCUCAAGCCCUUAUGUACACUAACUCUUCAAUCUAAUUGUUUGAUUAAACUCGUAUUUCCUCCAGAAAGGUACAUAAAUAAGUGAACUGUUGAGCAAAUUAAGAAUACUUAACAGCAUUGCAUCUGAAAAGUAGUUACGCUGAUUAAAUUUUGUGUCCUUGAGGACUUUCAGGAAAUUACUUUUGAUCGUCAAUAACACAAUUAAGUAAACUACACACACAUUAGCAUGAAUAAUUGAUAAGAAAUUAUGUAUUACCACGAAGCACUGAUUUAAUAAUUCAUGAUGCGACACUCUAGUGACUGUGCAAAACUGGAAAACAUCGAAAAGUCUGCCUGAUGUUACUGAAAGGAGAAAAAUCAGCACCAGACCUCUGCAGAGAUAUCAAGUACUUAGUUUUGUUGUACAA